AAAUGAGAGAAACAGUGCAGAUUUUAUCUAACUAGAACUUCAUAUGUACUGUUUAAUUCUAUAAUAAGAUAGGAUUAGAUGCUAAUAUAACCUAACUAAGCACUUAUUUUUAAUGAAACAUUUAACCCGAACUUUCUUCUAAACAUUUUUAAUGAAAUAAGAAGUUUCUAAAAGAAGAUAAUCUUCCAGUAAAGAUGAAUGAGAAAAAAUUGAUUGAUGAAAUUAAUGAGUUGCGUGAUUUGUUACGCAUGAAGGAAGCUCAACUAGCUGCUUUAAAACCCGAAAAACAAAUCCUACAAGAGUAUGGUUUAAGUAAUGAGGAGGUAUCAAAAUACAGUAGACAAAUUUUUUUACCAGAGAUAGGCAUUAAAGGUCAUAUAAAAUUAAAGAACAGUGCAGUAUUAAUAGUUGGAGCAGGUGGUCUUGGUUGUCCUGCUGCAUUAUACUUAGCAUCUGCUGGCAUUGGACAUAUUGGAAUAAUUGACUAUGAUGAUAUUGAAAUUAAUAAUCUUCAUAGACAAAUAUUAUAUGAAGAAUUAAGUAUUGGAACACCAAAAGUACACGUGGCUGCACAAAAUCUCAAUCGUUUGAACAGAGAUGUUCAAGUUACAUCAUAUAAAAUUCAACUAAACAGCAGUAAUGCCUUAGAAAUAAUAAAAAAUUAUGAUGUGGUACUAGAUGCCACUGACAAUGUUGCUACCCGUUAUUUGUUGAAUGAUGCAUGUGUAUUAAAGAAGAAACCUUUAGUAUCUGGGUCAGCAUUGAGGUUUGAAGGACAUUUAUCUGUAUUUAACUAUAAUGGACCUUGCUACAGAUGUGUAUUUCCUAAACCUCCUCCGCCAGAGACAGUAACAAAUUGUGGGGACGGUGGUGUCUUUGGACCUGCCGUUGGUACCAUAGGUGUUCUUCAAGCAUUAGAAACUCUUAAGAUUAUACUCGAUCUUCCCUACGUGCUAUCCGGUCAACUUCUAUUAUUUGAUGGUCUAGAAACGAAAUUUCGCAAUAUCAGUUUGCGAGCCAAGAAUGUGAACUGCGCCGUUUGUGGUGAACAUCCUACUAUACAUAAACUGAUCGACUACGAGGAAUUUUGUGGUGCUAAAGCAACCGAUAAAGAUCCAAAACUAAAUUUAUUACAAAAAGAUGAGAGAAUAACCGUAGAAGAAUAUAACAAGACACUGAAACUAGGCACGAAAGUUCACAUGUUAAUCGAUGUACGUUCACGUGAAGAGUUUGAAAUUUGCCAUCUAGAGAAUUCUAUAAAUAUACCAUUAAAGGAUAUUAACAAUAAUGAAAAUAUAACGUUAGUUAAAGACAAGUUACACGAGAUGCAAACACAACACAAUGAGAUCAGUUUGUUUGUUGUGUGUAGAAGGGGGAAUGACUCACAAAAAGCAGUAAAGAGUCUUCAACAAAUAUUUAACGGGAGCAAUUUUGAAAUAAAAGAUAUAAUUGGUGGAAUUCAUGCCUGGAGUAAGAAAGUAGAUAACAAAAUUCCUAUAUAUUAGCUGUACAUAAAAUUGUAAUUAUGGAUUCGCUAUUGAUUGUUUUUUUAUUCAUAAAACUAGUAUAUGUAUAAUUAAGCGA